AUGCAAGUACCCCCCACACAUCACCCCACCCCCUCCUCCUCCUCAGUGUUUACCCCACACACGCCUGGCACAAGCGGUCACCGUGACCCGGCCCGCAUGGCACUGGGCAUUCCUUCCCCCUCCCUUCUCCCGCAAAAGAGUCUCCAGUCGGUUCCUCUCAGAGCCGUGCAGAUAACAUCACAAAGCCAUGAAGCCAUUGUCGCCUCCUCUGUCCGCUUCUCGAACCACGCGGGGGGAAAAGAGUGCGCAGUCUUGGGCAAUGCCUCGGAGGGAGCCCACAAGCUACACCGAACUCAAGGUGCUGAGCAGUUGAGGAUGGCAGGAGAUUCCCGAGUCCUAAUGGACCACAACAUGGAGAUAGGAGUCACACCGGCUCAGGUGAAGAAACUGCCCAAACAUUUACGAGACGCUCAAAUCCCUACGGACCGGACCCAUCUGAUUACAGACCCUUCGAAAAAGCCACGUCAGCGCUAUGUGCAGAAAGACGGCAAGUGCAAUGUCCACCACGGAAACGUCCAAGAGACUUAUCGAUACCUCAGUGACCUGUUCACUACGCUGGUGGACUUGCGCUGGCGACUUAGUUUCUUCAUUUUUACCUUGGUCUAUGUUGUCAACUGGCUUUUCUUUGGCUUCCUGUGGUGGCUGAUUGCGCUCAUUCGUGGGGACUUGUUACAUGCUGAUGAAGAGGGCUGGACCCCAUGUGUGGAGAAUCUCAAUAGUUUUGUCUCUGCUUUCUUGUUCUCCAUCGAGACAGAGACAACCAUUGGGUAUGGGUAUCGGGUAAUCACAGAAAAAUGUCCAGAGGGUAUUGUUUUGCUUUUGGUGCAGGCCAUUUUGGGCUCCAUUGUGAAUGCCAUGAUGGUGGGCUGCAUGUUCGUCAAAAUAUCCCAGCCAAAGAACCGUGCAGAAACUUUAAUGUUCUCCCAUACUGCUGUUAUAUCAGUACGAGACAAUAAGAUGUGCCUGAUGUUCCGAGUGGGAGACCUGAGGAAUUCCCACAUCGUGGAGGCGUCGAUUCGGGCCAAGUUGAUCCGAUCUCAGCAGACUAAAGAAGGGGAGUUCAUACCGCUCAACCAGACGGAUAUUAACAUUGGAUUUGACACUGGGGACGAUCGCCUCUUCCUGGUGUCUCCGCUCAUCAUCUCCCACGAGAUCAAUGAGAAGAGUCCGUUCUGGGAGCUGUCAAUGGCCCAGAUGGAGAAGGAAGAGUUCGAAAUCGUGGUCAUCUUGGAGGGCAUGGUGGAGGCUACAGGCAUGACCUGUCAGGCGCGCAGCUCCUACCUGGACACGGAGGUGCUGUGGGGCUACCGCUUCACCCCCGUCCUGUCUCUAGAGAAUGGCUUCUACGAGGUCGACUACAACAACUUCCACGACGUCUACGAAACCAACACUCCGGCAUGCAGCGCCAGGGAGCUGGCCGCCAAGCUCCGCGAGGGCCCCUUAUUACCUCAGCUGUCCCUGCUCAGCCCGGAACCCAAAACGCACACAUUUGACACUCUGGAUCCGCUCAACAUCCACGACCCACUUCACCUGGAUGAGGACAGGGCCGAGACGGAGGUGGAGGAGAGAGGGGACAGCAAUGGCUCCGCAGCGGUGUUGGAGCAAGUGCCCUGCCUACCCGGUGGACUCCCCAAGUGA